AAGCACUUGAUGUACAAAGUUUUUGAGUGAAUACAUUUUACAUUUAUUAGAAGAAAAUGAUCGAAUUAACAGGUUUCAGAUAUCAUACAUUAAAAUCUUUACAGGUUUUGGAUGUUAGUUUUGAUAUUAUUAUUACAAUAAUCGAUUUUGUGGACGAAACCCACCAAUCACAAGCCUCGGAUCUGAUACUAUGGGGUUCAAAAAGUAGCACAAGCCAAACAAAGCAUCGAGAAGUUUCCACAUCACGCCAUUAAAAAUAGCCACGUUGUUUCGUUGAGUUUGGAGACUCUAAAUCUUCCUUUGUCAUGAUACAGCACAUUAACUCAACGGUACCAACAUUGAUAACCAUGGACCAUUGGCGCAUUUUUUUGCAUGUUUUUUUAGUGAGCCCCAUCACACAUCAUGAAUCAAACCCAAAGCCCUUCUGAUGAUAACAACACCAAGCCGACCAGAACCGGAGAGAAGUCCACAGAACCGGAGUGGAUAACCGAAACGACCAAUGGUGGAUCCACACGCCACGUCGAUCUCCAUACAGGAAUCAACGGCUGGGCUUCACCUCCAGGAGACGUUUUCUCUGUCCGAUCCGCCGACUACUUCACCAACAAACAGAAAUGUCCCGGCGGAGACUACCUCCUCUCUGCCGCCGGCGUUGACUGGCUCAAAUCCAGUACCAAACUCGAUAACAUCCUAGCUCGUCCCGACAACCGCGUGUCUCACGCGCUCAGAAAAGCGCAGUCUCUUGGCCGGUCCCAAAACGGCUUCAUCUUCGCUGUGAAUUUUCAUAUUCCAGGCAAGGAACACCACCACUCGGUGCACUACUUCGCGACGGAGGAACCCAUUCCAUCAGACUCUCUCCUGAAACGGUUCAUAGACGGAGACGACUCGUUCCGUAACGAGAGGUUCAAGAUAGUGAGCCAAGUCGUGAAAGGGCCCUGGAUAGUUAAAGCGGCGGCAGGGCAGUUCGGCGCGUUCCUUGCGGCUAAGACAGUGAAGUGUACUUACCAUAAAGGACCAAACUACUUUGAGAUCGACGUCGAUACAGGUAGCUGGCCAAUCUUGGCGGCGCUUGUACGGCUUUUGUUCGAGUACUCCAGGUACCUUACGGUCGACAUUGGCUACGUUGUUGAGGCGCAAGAAGAGGAUGAGCUGCCGGAGAGACUGAUCGGAGGCAUUAGAUUGUGUCAUAUGGAGGUAUCGUCGGCGUUUGUGGUCGACCCGCAGCCACUGAAACUGUACAGAAUGAUGGGUUCGGCGGAAGCAAGCCACGACGACAACACGCAUUGAAUUAAUUUCAAGUAAUUUUUAAUAGAAAGAUUAAAACAUUCAUAAACUGUUAUGGACUUUUUUUUGUCGGCAACUUUUUAUUUAUUAUGAAUAACCCAUAAAGGAACUGUU